UCUUCGUGGGGAAAGACCACGCCUACUAAGUCGGCAUUGGAGAAAGUGAUGUCCUCCUUGUAGACUCAGGGCUUUUUGUCAGGCCGGUUGUCACCCCGUUCGUCUACCUUUCUUGUGAAAGUUAUUUUCUUCAGAUCAGAUCUGAGAGUCUUGGAUGUUGGUCGCUCCAACGGCCAGACGUGAAUGACGUCGAUCACGUUGCCCUGGACGGCGGUCUGGUUAUUGGCUCCAUGGAUCUCCUCUGUCGUUUUGAUGAACUCUUUCAAGUGCCCGUCCUGUACCAACUUUUCCAGGAAAGACUUAUAUGCCCUGCAGUCCUCGAUUCGAUGCCCAACAUCCUAGUGGUAAGCACACUUCACAUUUUGGUUUCGGGUGGACGGAUCACCCAGCAUCUUGGGUGGCCAUUUGAAGAAGGCUUCCCUCUUGAUUUUGUGAAGCAAUUUGUAGAUGGGUUCUUUGAACACAAAGUGAACUCCUUUGAAAGAACUCUUCGUAGGCGGUAUCAGUCCUUUCCGAGGAAAGGUAUCCUCUUUCUCUUUCCUCUUUGGGGCGAGAUUCCUUCCUUUGCCCCCCACCAUCUCGUCCUCGACUCGAGAAUACUGGUUGAUCCGGGCCAUCAAUUCUCCUAUAUCACCCAACGUCUUCUUGGUCAAGGAUCGAUAGAGUUCGAUGUCCCUAGAGAGACCGAGCCUAAAAGAGGCUACUGCCAUGACCUCGGAACAUCCCUCUACCUCAUUUACCUCCUUCUAGUAACAAGCUUCAUAUUGGCGAAGAGUCUCUCCCUAUUUUCGUCUCAAGGUCAGCAAUGACCCUACACUUUUGGGACGUCUACUCCCCGUGAUAAACCGGGUGGAGAAUUGUCUGGUCAGCUCCCUCCAAGA